AUGUUAAAUGGCAGAAUCAUUUACUCACAAUUGGGAAAUAGUACUGUAGAGAAAACAGUAACUAGGGGUACUCCACAAGGAGGGGUUCUUUCGCCUCUCCUUUGGAUCCUUGUGGUUAACAAAAUUCUUACAAAACUUAAAAGUCAAGGUAUAAAAAUAGUAGCUUAUGCAGAUGACAUAGUAGUUCUGAUAACAGGUAAGUUUCUUACCACCAUCGGAGACAUUAUGGAACGCGCACUCAAAGAAAUAUCUUCUUGGGCAGCACAAAAUGGUCUUGGGGUUAACCCCACUAAAACAGAAUUGGUUCUGUUCACGAAGAAAAGGAAACAAGGGGACUUUAAUCCUCCUAAACUUGAUGAUAUUCCUCUGAUACUUUCCAAAGAAGCUAAAUAUCUUGGAGUAAUCCUAGAUUCCAAGCUUACAUGGAAACGUAACACCGAAGAAAGAAUGAAAAAAGCACUAUGCGCUUUCUACACUUGCAAAAAAACCUUUGGUGCACGAUGGGGUAUGCGACCUCAAGUCAUCCAAUGGAUGUAUACGGCGAUUAUUCGCCCCAUACUUACCUAUGGUUCGAUCGUAUGGUGGGAAGCUGUUGAGAAAUCAAGCUAUCUCAAGAACCUUAACAAAGUACAGAGAUUAGCGUGUAUAGGGAUUACAGGGGCACAAAGGUCUACGCCACAAGCAGGUUUAGAAAUGAUCUUGGACCUUCCAGUCCUGGACGAGUUCAUAAGAUGCACGGCAGCCAAAAGCGCACUUCGAUUAAAAGAACUGGGCUACUGGAAGCAAAACACUUAUGGUCAUGGGUCUAUCAUGCAAAGAUACGACACAGUUCCUGGAUUGGAAGCGACUACAGAUUACAUUCCACCCUUGAUAGAUUUCAAUAAAAAAUUUUCCAUUUUAAUACCAGAAAGAAAAGGAUGGGAUCACAAUUCGCUUAUCAGCAAACAAGGAAUACCCUUCUACACUGAUGGUUCAAAAAUGGAAUCAGGAACAGGAGCUGGGGUGUUCUGCAAACCUCUCAAUAUUAGAGAAUCAUUCAGACUCCCAGACGAUUGUAGUGUCUUUCAGGCUGAAAUUUUUGCUAUAGAGAAAGCGGCAGAAUUGGUACUCAAAGAAAAACUAAUCUCCUCGGAGAUUACAUUCUUUGUGGACAGUCAGGCUGCUAUCAAAGCUCUAGACAGUGAGACAAUAAGAUCCAAGGCGGUUUUAAACUGCAGGAAAAGAAUCAAUAGUAUUUGCUACACUAACCAAGUUAAACUCUGCUGGGUUCCUGGACAUAGCAAAAUAGAAGGGAAUGAAAUAGUGGAUGAACUAGCUAGGUUAGGCUCAGCAUCAAAUGAGAAUAUUAGCAUCCAAUUAGCAAAGGGACCAGAUAUCCCUAUCGGUGUGCUCAAAAGGAGAAUAGACCUAUUGACUAGAGAACAAAUCAAUAACACCUGGAAAACUAGGGACGAUUGCAUUAUUUCUAGAAGUUUAUGGCCCAAAACCAAUGAAAAAGAAACUCGGUAUUUAUUAUCCCUGAGCAAAAAGAACAUUAGAGUCUUGAUAGGUGUACUAACGGGUCAUUGUGCCAUUGGCACAAUGGCUAUUAGAAUGGGUGUAUUUGCACCUGAUUUCUGUAGGAGCUGUCAAGAUGUAGAGGAGAUAGAAUCCAUUAAACACCUGCUCUGCGAAUGUCCAAACCUCCAAACAAACCGACUUCGUUUCUUUGGAACGAGGUUCGUGGAUGAACUGGACGAUCUAGCGCAGGUACCAAUGGCUAACAUGAGAAAAUUUAUUGAGAGUACAGGAUGGUUCGUUAAUGAGCCAGUCUUUGUAAACCGAUAG